AAGUAAUCACCAUGCUGCCAAGCCCUACGUGCUCUUUAAUGAACAAAAGAGAAGUGCGGAAGCUUCCGCUGCAGUCGAAAUUAUAGCACAGAAGACGUUUGAGCAGUCAGAGGAUAUAAUAAGGCGACGUUUAAAUUGGCUGCAAUUAUGGCCACCACAGAUCCUGUGUAUAACACGACAACAACCACGACUCAGGACGCGAAAUCUAGAAAAUGGUUCGUCGUACCGUCGGCCCACCUGGACAAAAUCAGAUUCUUUAUAAAGGUUUUGGAAGUGCUCCUCUCCCUUGUGGCCUUCACUCUCGAGGAAUUGGUGACCAGCUGCACGUCAUGUACUGCCCUUUACUUCUUUGAGUUCGUCAGCUGCACAGCUUUCCUCUUCACCUUCCUUCUUCUCACCCUCCUCGCCACAACGUUGCACCAGCGAGUCGGCAUCAGCUGCUGGCCCCAGUUGGACUGUGGAUACACAGCUUUAAUCAUGGCUUUCUUCCUCAUCUCCUCGAUCACCUUUGCAGCGCAAAAUGGCGAGACAAACAAGGAGAAGGCAGCUGUGGCCUUUGGCUUUCUUGCUUCUGGGGCCUUCCUGGUGGAUGUGGCUGUCUUUGUCCAGACGAAGGGCUUUCCAUGUUGGACCAGGAACGCACUGCCAACAGAUGUCCCCACGUCGCCGGUGCCGGAGAGUGUGAAACUGAAUGUCAAUGGAGCUGACUAACACCACAGGAACCAGUGCAAACGAUUCAUCUGCCACUUCACUUUAAGCACAUAUACCCCUUGGACUGACCCACUGUACACCAGGUUGUUUGUUUGUUUGCAAAGCAAAGAGACCAUGAAAUUCAGACGUUAACUUCAUUGACUCUUUGACUUGCAUGAAAUUGGACAAAUUUUAACACUUAUAACGGGACAAUUUUUAAAAAUCGUUGUCAUUGCUCCUUAGACAAAAGAGGGACCUUGAAGUUGGGACCAUGAAGUUCAGUCCUGUGCCUUUCUGGCUGUAUAGAAAUUCCUUAAUGUAUUUUAUACUUCUCACAAAAUCUAAAGCAAUUUUUAGACCAAACAGUUUUUUAUUCAUUCAAUUCAUUGUCUUUUGGGGAGAAAAUGUCCUCUAUGAAAAACAGCCUGUGAAAACUGAAUGUGUCAUUACCAGCAUGUGUAAGCCCUUCGAUAGGGCUUUUAGAGCUGCUCAGAGCUGUAGCACCAAUCAUCUGUGCAGAAAAGCAAUGGGCAGCUCAAUAAAAUGAGAGCCAUUAAAAAUGAUGCAAAAACAUCAAAAAUAAUAUUCAAUCUUUGCCCUUGUACAACAGGGCUAAAUAUUGCACUGUUUAUAAAUUUUGUUUGGUUUCAUACUCAAGCAUAAUCAUUUGUAAUGUGACAAUUUCAAUGUUAUGUUUUCUGAAAAAGUGAUUUUAAUCAACAACAAAAUAGAGAUUCACUCAAAUGUUCAAAUUUGUAUUUUGCUGUUUAUAAUUUUGGGGCAAGGAGUGGCAUGGGUGUACAGAUUUUUAAAGGUUGAUAUUUUCUUAUCUGAAAUGAGCUUUGCAUAGUUCACUUAGUGCCUUAAAUAGAUGAGUCUGAUGCAGGUGUAAUUUUGCAGUUGCCACUGUGAUGCUGUGUGAGUCAACUUCAGUAGUUUAGCCUAGUACAGUUUUUGCUGUAAAAGAACCUUGUCUCGCCGGGCGACGAGCAGAGGGGAGUGUGUAGGCCUAGUCGUUCACUCAUUUUAAAUGCCCGGAGGAACAAAUGGACUGCAAUUCUCCAGAGACCGACCUUCCGAUUUACAUGAAUGCCCUCCGAGUUCGGACGGUCCCAUCUAGCGAAAACACCCCUCCCCUGUUCCCAGAAACCCUCCAUUUCAAAUUGACGUGCACCAAGUGCAAGUAAUACAUGCCCAUCUAUUUAUGAGAUGAGCCUCGAACCCCUAUCAUGAGAUGAGCUUCUCAAUUUAUGUUUUGCCAUAGGAUGACUAGCAUUGGGUUGCCCGUUAUAACAAGUGUGAGGAUUCAUUCUGUUUAUUAUCUAUAUUUUGAAUAUGCCAAUAAAAUAACAAAAGAUA